GGUCUGCUGGGCACUUAAGUAGCAAAGGGCAGCCCUGGGGAGCCAGAGUGGGGACCAGAGAGGCUGAGCCUGACAGGAGGUGCAAAGGCUAAUGGGCAGCAGUGGGGACACAGAAGGGGCCACAGACCUGACCAUGAGGAGCCUCUGCAGUGUCCUGGGGCUGCUCCUGUCCUUCCACGCAGCCCUGGGAGUGAGUGAGCUGAGGUGGUGCACCAUUUCGAACCCGGAGCAGGAUAAGUGUCUGACCAUGGCAGGGGCCUUCAAGGAAGCCAAUAUCCAGCCAUCCCUUGGCUGUGUCCAGGGGACCUCAGCUGAUGACUGCAUCGACCUCAUCAAGGCCAACAAGGCAGACGCCAUCACACUGGACGGAGGAGCCAUCUAUGAGGCCGGGAAGUACCACAACCUGAAGCCAGUGGUGGGCGAGAUGUAUGACCAAGAGGCCGGCACUUCCUACUACGCAGUGGCCGUGGUCCGAAGAAACUCCUCUCUGAACAUUAACCGCUUGCAAGGGGCGAGGUCCUGCCACACGGGCAUCAACCGUACUGUGGGCUGGAACGUUCCCGUGGGCUACCUGGUGGAGAGCGGCCACCUCUCGGUGAUGGGCUGCGACGUGCUGAGAGCGGUCAGCAGCUACUUCGGGGGCAGUUGUGUCCCCGGGGCCGUGGAUACCAACUAUUCGGACUCCCUUUGCAGGCUCUGCAGGGGCGAUGCUGCCGGCGAGAAAAAGUGUGAUAAGAGCCCCCUGGAGAGGUACUAUGACUACAGUGGGGCUUUCAGGUGCCUGGCAGACGGGGCGGGAGACGUGGCGUUUGUGAAGCACAGCACGGUUCUGGAGAACACAGAUGGGAAAACCCUGAGCUCGUGGGGGAAGCCGCUGCUGUCCCGAGACUUCCAGCUGCUGUGCAGGGACGGCAGCCGGGCGGACGUCACUCAGUGGCGGCGCUGCCACUUGGCCCGGGUGCCGGCUCACGCCGUGGUCGUCAGGGCAGACACGGACGGGGCGCUGGUCUUCCGGAUGCUGAAUGAAGGCCAGAUGAGGUUCAACCACGAGGGUGCGGGCUUCCAGAUGUUUGAGUCCGAUGCCUUCCAGCAGAAGAACCUCUUGUUCAAGGACUCCACCGUGGAGCUGGUGCCCAUCGCCACGCAGACCUACCAGGCCUGGCUGGGCACUGAGUACCUGCGUGCCAUGAUGGGCCUGGUCUGUGACCCCAACAGGCUGCCCAGCUACUUUCGCUGGUGUGUGCUUUCCACGCUGGAGAUCCAGAAAUGUGGGGACAUGGCUGUGGCCUUCAGCAGAAAGCAGCUGAAGCCCGAGAUCCAGUGCAUCUCAGGCGAGUCCACCAGACACUGCAUGGAGCUGAUUAAGGCCAAGGAAGCCGAUGUUGUCACUCUGAGUGGAGCCGAUAUUUACACGGCCGGGCGGAGCUACGGCCUGGUGCCAGCUGCGGGGGAGAGCUACCAGGCAGACGACAGGAAGGACACAUACUACGCAGUGGCUGUGGUCAAGAGGAACAGUUCCUAUGCCUUCACCAUCGAUGAGCUCCAGGGCAAGCGGUCCUGUCACUCCGGCUACGGCAUCCCGUCAGGCUGGGACAUCCCUGUCGGGGUCCUGGUCCAGAGAGGCUUCAUCCGGCCCCGGGGCUGUGAUGUCCUCCAAGCCGUGAGUGAGUUCUUCUCGGCCAGCUGUGUGCCCGUGAACAAUGCCAAAGACUACCCGGCCCGACUCUGUGAGCUGUGCGUCGGGGAUGACCACGGCCUGAACAAAUGUCAUGGCAACAGCCAGGAGCGUUACUAUGGCUACAGCGGGGCCUUCAGGUGCCUGGCUGAGGGCGCUGGAGACGUGGCCUUCCUCAAGCACUCCACAGUCUUCGACAACACCAACGGCCACAACACUGAGGACUGGGCAGUCGGCCUGCGUUCUGAGGACUACGAACUGCUGUGUCCCAAUGGCGCCCGAGCCGAGGUCACGCAGUUUGAGGCCUGCAACCUGGCCCAGGUGCCGGCUCACGCUGUCAUGGUACACCCGGACACCAACAUCUUUACUGUGUAUGGGUUGUUGGACAAAGCACAGGACUUGUUUGGGAAUGACAGCAACAAGAAUGGCUUCAGGAUGUUUGAUUCCUCGGAUUACCACGGCCAAGACCUGCUGUUCAAAGACUCCACGGUCCGAGUGGUGCCUGUCCGGGAGAAGACGUCGUACACAGCCUGGCUGGGCCAGGACUAUGUGGCUUCCCUGGAGGGCCUUCAGUCACUGCAGUGCUCAGCAGCAGUGACCACUACCCCAGCCCUGCUGCUGCUGCUUCUGCUGCUGUCCCUCUGCUCCAUCCUGAGCAGCCCCGACCUGUGAGCGCAGCCCCAGCCCUUCCCUGAGGAUGCUCAGAACCUCAAAUACACAAGAAAACCCUUCCUUAUCAAUGCGGUUAAUGGUGACCUGGAGCAGCCAGAGAGUACAUAUACCUAAUGGCCCAGCUCCCCACAUCCAGAGGGUUGGGGCAAGGGCUUUUAAAAACAAGAAUAAAACUUCGCAUGACGCAUCCCUCCUUCCCAAAAUGUGAAUGAGAAUGGAAAAGGCAGAGCUGACGGAAGGGCUGAGAGGGGAGUUAUGUGCAGGUCGAGUGCCCCCAAGUCUCCAGGAGAGCCCACCCCACCCACCCCCACAUCCCUGAACUCGAGGUACUUCUCUGCCCACCAAGAGGUUUUCUGGGAGCAGCUCAGCUGCACUUCCUAGCCCUGAGGGGGUGUAAGAGAGGAGUGCUAGCACCCACAUGGGCUUAGCGUGGCUGGAAUCCAGGAUCCUGCACAUGCCAACGGGUGCAACCACACAGGCCCCUCUCUGCAGAAUCCCCUCAGGACUGAGAGGUUGGGGAUGGAGAGGGGAGAAGAGCCCCCAUUCUGCUUUCCAGGGCCAGGGUCAGUUCUCCUUCCUUCCCUUUCUCCUUUCUGCCAGCUCUCACCCCUGGGUCACCAUCCCAUGCCUGGCCUGGGGAAGCCCCCACUCUGGCUUCAGGGCUCCAAGUGUUUGCUGCCGCAUCUCUUCUGCCACCCCCACUCUGGGCCCCCGGCCUGGGCGCAAGAUGCCUUUCGGCAUCCGGAGGCUCACACCUGAUGCCCCCGUGACUGCCAUGUGGCCUGCCUUCCCUUGCCCCCUUGGCUGAUUGUAAGGGCAGCACCUUCCGAAGAUAUACAUCUGCCAUGAACACUCGGGGGCCUGGCUGAGGGGACAGGGUGGCGCAGACAUCCCAAGAGAUGCUGCUGCUGCCUCAGUCCUGAGGGCGAGGGUCAACACUGCCCUGACGGAGGGGGCAGGAUCCUUUCACUGAAAAGCCAGGGGGGCCGUCAGGCUGUGGAAGGAGCUGCCUUCCUUCUCAUCCUUGGCCCCUCUUCCUGCUGUAGCGCAGACCCCAUCUGUGUCCUGCUCCUCUCUCCUGGGCUGGAAGCUGGGUGGAGGUUCUGAAGCAGCCGGUGUAUGUCUAUGCAGUGUCUGGCUCCCUGAGGCCUGGGCCCUGCUGGCCUUGGCUACAGCUCUAUGUCGACCUGAGGAAUCUGUAGAUGAAACUAGCUGACCUGAGUGUACCGGGCUGUGAGUGCUACUUGGGGGUGGGUUGUGGGCCGACAGA